ACUGGCAUGGUGUUUUGUUCUCCUCUCGUUUAAAACCCACCUGCCUUCUGUGGUUGCUUAUGAUAGUCUUUUCAGUCUCUCUGUUGACCAGAGGGGAGAAACGAGAAAAUGGGCUCAAAGCUAAAUCUCCUGCCAUCAAUCUGAGGGGACACAACCUGGAAAAGAUGAGUGAGGCCCACGCGUGGAUCCAAAGGUUACUGACCCUCCAGGAGCACAUCAUUGAGAAUAAUCAUAUCCUCUACCUUGGGAAAAAGGAACAUGACAAUUUGUCUCAGCUUCAGGAAGCCUCAAGGGUCUCUAUCUCAGAAAUUAUCAGUCCAGAAAAGGCAAGUUUAGAGAUUAAAGGAGCCCGGGCUGAUGUUAUUGAGGUUGUUAUGAAGAUUGAACGUAUGCUGUGUGAAGUUCAAGAGGAAAUGGCAAGAAAAAAGGAGCGAGACCUCUGGAGCUUGUCCGGACAAUGGACUGAUCAGCAACCAAAAAACUGGGAGGAAAUGAAAGAAAUCACAUUUCAGAAAUGCCUAGUGCUUUCACCUGAAGAAAUUCAGGAUCAAAUGAAACAGUUUGGAAACUGUGGUUUGCAGGUUAUAAAGGUGGAGAAGAUAGACAAUGUGGUUCUUAUGGCUGCCUUCCAAAGAAAGAAGAAAAUGAUGGAAGAGAGAAAGAAUGGGGAACCUGUGAGCCAGAGGCUGUUUCAGCAAGUCCCACACCAGUUCUGCGACCUGGUUUGCAGAGUUGGCUUUCAAAGAAUGUACUCGGUGCCCCACGACCCAAAAUAUGGAGCUGGCCUACACUUCACCAAGAACCUCAAAAACCUAGCAUCCCAGUUCAAGAAAACAUCUGCCACAGAUAAGCUGAUCUAUGUGUUUGAGGCUGAAGUACUCACAGGCUCCUUCUGUGAGGGUCAUUAGUUAAAUAUUGUUCCCCCACCAUUGAGUACUACUGUCAUGGAUAGCCAUGACAGUGUGGUUGACAAAGUUAGCAGCCCUGAAACCUUUGUUAUUUUUAGUGGCACGCAGGCUAUGCCUCAGUAUUUGUGGACUUGCACCCAGGAUCAUGUACAGUCACAGGAUUACUCAUUUGGACAAAUGAUGCUGUCUCCACAGCAGAUUUGGAGAGGAUCAAGUGGCAGCCCUGUUGACUAACUUCCACAUAAUUUUAACAACUGGCAUGGCCUUGCUUUGGAGAAACUAACCAAAUAAUGAUCAUCAGUGACUCAAAGAGUGGUUUGAAUAUGUCAAAUGGUUGUCUGUGUAGAUUGAUUGGGUUAUUGGGUUAUUGAAGCCACAUACUGGCAUCUUGGUGCCUUCAUCUUUGUCUUCAUCUCUUGGGGUUGGGGUGGGUAGAUACCAACUAAAACACUCUCAGAACCAUUCCUUCUCCUUCAAUUUGUCCGUUCAUCUCCUUUACUACAGGUAAUAGUAAAGAUUUUUCACUUGUAAUGAGGAGAUUUUUCUAGUAUAUAAUCCAAGCCUUCUAAUUUUUAAAAUGAUAGUGUAACAUAUUAGGACAGCAAGAUGAUUUUAGAUUUUCCAGAGAAUCUGAUACAGUGCUUUAGGUAUCAAAAGAAAUCACCUUUAUCUGAGUAAGUGGCUUUGAAGAAUUACAUGUAAAAUGAAACUAUUUGAAAUGAAAGGACAUCAAAAGCCUGAUAUUGUACUGAUAUCCUGUUUGGAUUCAGCCAUAUCAAGCAAUGCCACUCAAGCACCAUGAGGCCCAAUUAUUAAUUCACCAACUAUUUUCUGAUCACCAGAUGUGUUUCAGUCACUUUCUGGGUGCUGAGAAUAAGAUGUUGAACAAAACAAAUGUCUUCAUAAAGCUUUCAGGCUGAAUAAUCAGAGAGGCAGCGAUGGACAACUUAACAAGUGUGAUUGGGUAUAACAAAAGAGGAAUUACAGAUUCUUUAGAAAAAUUUAAAGGAGAGAGGGAUAAAUUAAUCAGAGGUUGGGAGGAAGGCCUUCUAAAGAAAGUGAAACUCAAGCAGAGACCUAAGAAUUUGUAAGAGUUAGGCGAGUAAGAGAUGCAGCAAAUCGGGAGCAGAGACAGAGUAUUUUAUGCAGAGAGAAUAGCUCUUACAGAGGCUGAACCCACUGUGACUAUGCCCAAAUUUGACUUCAGAGUUCUGCAAUGUAGAAGCCAGCAAAUCUCAUCAAGCAUCUCUUGCCUAUUCAGAAAUCCAUGUUUCUCUAGAAUUCCAAACUUUCCUGACCCUCACAUCUUCAACCUCUUAGACAGAACACUUCCUCCUCCUCAUCUGACCGUAACCAGAAUUCUUCCUCUUGAAAGAAGCAUGCUUAUUGUCUCAUAUAGUAUUUUCCUGGGAUAUGGGCAACAGGAGCCCUGCCUUGGACCUCUAGUUUGAGAGGGCCCCACUCUAGCCUUCCUCCAGCUGUGCUCAUCUGCACAAGGUGAGAAUCCACAGGGUCAAGAGCAUUUAUCCAUUUGGAGCCCACACACCUCACUCUGAAAACACCCACUAGGUACCUGGAAACCCCAAAUUUCCUGCCUACACAGCUCCAAGUCUAUUUCCAGGGCCUGAUUGGGCCUCUUUCUUGGGUCUCUCCUCCUAAGGGUGGGCUGUGCCAUAGUCUGCAUCAAGAAAUGGCCAAGGGUGACCAUUUGCAGGGAUGGAACUUGCACAUGAGGGCUGAGGUGUUCACAUGCCUAUGCAUGAGGCCUGUGAUACAGAGCUGAGGGUGAGAGUCCAGAUUUGCAAGAUCUAGCAUAUGUUUAAUAGGGAUUUCAAAAAAGAAGGGAGGAGAGGCAAUGUUCACAAGGAUAAG